UAACCUUCAAACGUUGGAUCAAGAAGAGGUUGUCUUUUCAUUAUCUUCGUCAUUAUUAAUUUAGUACUGCUACAAAAAGUUAAAACAGUUCACGUCUCCUCCCUCUGUCCUUAAAAUCAGAAAGCUUCCUAAAUUGUUAUUUUUCCUACAUUCUGAAUUCAUACCACACACUUUCACGCAAGUGGGUAACCCAAAAAGUUUGCAUUUUUAAUUUUUAGGACUAAUUUCUUUUUGGGUCUACAAAAUUUUAAGUUGUGGAGCUUUUUUCAGUUCAGAAAAGGUAAAAGAUGGCAGUUUUGAAAGCUGGAACUAGACCCCCAUGGGUGGGUUUAGGAGCUGCAGUUUGGGUGCAAAUUGCUGCUGGGAAUGCCUAUACUUUCCCUCUUUACUCCUCUGCCCUGAAAUCAGUUCUGGGUUUUACUCAGCAGCAGCUCACGAUUCUUGGAGUGGCUAAUGAUUUUGGUGAAAACGUGGGGAUUGUUGCCGGCAUCGCCUGCAACAAGUUGGCUCCUUGGGCGGUUCUCCUUGUUGGGCUUUGUUUAUCUUUCUUGGGAUAUGGUGUUUUGUGGCUUGCUGUUAGUGGAACAGUUUCCUCCUUGCCUUACUGGGUUGUGAGUUCCUUGAACUACCUACCUACUUUCUGCUUCUCUUUUAAUUCACUAAUCAACAUGAUUCGAUGAGCUAAUGUCUAUUGCGAUCAUUUUGGGGACGAUAUCUGUUACACUCUAAUAGGACGAUUUGUAUUGUUUGGCAUUCAUUUUCGAUGCAAUAGUUCUGGAGGAUUGGUCGGUUUUAGUUGCGAAUUUCAAAUUCAUAGAUAUUAGUCUAUGAUCGGGUGAUUCCUUUUUGGCUUUUUUUCUUUUUUCUUUUUCUGUAUUAUUUGAAUGCCGUAUGUAGUUCAAAUGCUUUAAUUUUCCUGGAACGUAGGGUAGUUAGGGAUUACCAGAUUAGUCUUUUAUUAUUGUUUUCUUUUGUUGUUUAACAGAGGGGAUUAUUCAAUGUGGGCUAUUUUGACAAGUGGAUUAGGUUGAGUUGGGUGGCUUUUCUUAGUUUUUGGAACUUAGGUUUACUUUACAUUGCAGUCCUCUAAUUCUCUAAGAUGAAUAUCCCGCAAGCAUGUGUUUCUACUUGUUUAUCCAAAAGAAAAACCCAGAUACUUUAUUCUAUUUCUUCAGUAAGAAAACCCGUGAAUCUGGUAAUCCAUUUCCUACUUUUUGCAUAAUUAAUAAUCCAUCCCGGGGAGCAACAUAGACUUGGGAGAAAUAUCUAAGAAAGUUUGAAGACAAUUGAAGUUAAAGUUUGAUAAUACUUCUCUAAUCUGCUUUCAUGAAAGUUAAGUCCAAAUGUCUUCCUGUUCGGAUUUAAAUUUGACUUGAGAAGACAAUGUUUUGGGAAACUUUUUUUUGGUAAUUAUUUUUCAUGACUGUAGCACUGGAGCCUACCAAAGAUUUCAUUAGUAACUUCGAGCAACCUUCUUUCCUAGAAGGAAAAACCACAAUUUACUUUUCUCAGAUCUCAACUUCUAGCAGGCGAAGCCGUCUCUGGUGUCUAUUAUACAGCUCGCACUAUUCAGUCUUAGUAUUACUGUUUAAAGUUUCACUCAGAUUGCCAGUUUUCCUCUUUACUUAGGUACAGUCUUGUAGGUUCAACUAUGUUUAUUGUACAUAAUUUUGAGGUUGCACAUUGCGGCCGCAGAUGCUAGUGCAAUUUCCUAAAAAGAUUUGUCAAGGGGCAGGAUAUUUACCAAUUUGUCGGAAAAUUCGAAAGAAUUUAAAAUACAUUAAAAUGCGGUGUGUCAUUCCUUGCAGUUGUUAUGCUUCCUUUCUCCUUAAUGCCGAGUCAAUAUUGAUUUUAGUUCAACAUUUCUCUUGAUCACAGUAUUGUACAUCUGCUAUCCUACACACUAUUAUUGUUUCACCUCUAUUGCAUCUGUGAUCAUGUUUUUUAAUUAUUGAUUCUGUUGGCAGUUGUUUCUUGCACUCUGUGUUGCCACCCACAGCAGUGCAUGGCUUGGGACUGCUGUACUUGUAACCAACAUGAGGAAUUUCCCAGCCAGUAGAGGAACUGUCGCUGGAAUUCUGAAAGGCUAUGUCGGGCUUAGUGCUGCAGUUUUGACGGAGAUAUAUACCAUGUUGCUUGAUGGUUCGGCUUCAAAGCUGCUGCUGUUCCUUGCAUUGGGUAUUCCUGUCAUAUGUUUGGCCAUGAUGUAUUUUGUCCGGGCUUGUACUCCUUCGGAAGAAGACUCUUCAGAACGUGUCCAUUUCCUUUUCACUCAAGCAGCAAGUCUUUUUCUUGCCAUUUAUCUUCUCACAACCACAAUUCUAACAGAUACAGUAUCCCUAAGUAUCUACAUCAAGUAUGCUUUUAUUGCCAUAAUGGUCAUUCUCUUGAUGUCUCCUCUUGCAAUUCCCUUGAAAAUGACAUUAUUCCCAGCACAACGUAAACAGUCAAACCAGUCAAAUGGUUCUGAUGCAAUCUCAGGGGAAACUAAAUCAAGUCAGACCGAUCCGCUGUUAACUACUUCUUCAUCAACGGCGAAUCUUGGAAGCUUUUUUGAGAGUGAUGAUGUCUCUGAAGUAGAUAUUCUUCUAGCUGUGGGUGAAGGUGCUACAGUCAAGAAAAAAAGAAGACCUAGAAGAGGAGAAGACUUUAAAUUUGCGGAAGCUAUUGUUAAAGCUGAUUUCUGGCUUUUGUGGGUUGUGUACUUCCUUGGGGUUGGGUCUGGGGUGACUGUUCUGAAUAAUUUGGCUCAAAUUGGAGUUUCUCUGAUGGAACUGGAUGAUCCUACAGUAUUGCUAAGUCUAUUCAGCUUCUGCAAUUUUCUGGGCCGUCUUGGAGCUGGUGCUGUUUCGGAACACUUUGUCAGGUCAAAGGCACUACCUCGAACAGCCUGGAUGACUGUCACACAGAUUAUCAUGGUUAUCGCAUUCCUCUUGUAUGCUUCAUCUCUGUACGGAACUCUAUAUGCUGCAACAACAUUACUCGGCAUCUGCUAUGGCUUUCAGUUUGCCAUAAUGAUUCCAACUGCAUCGGAACUUUUUGGCUUGAAGCAUUUCGGGAUCAUAUUUAACUUCAUGCAGCUCGGAAACCCUGUAGGUGCAUUUCUAUUUUCUGGUUUGCUUGCCGGUGAGGUAUAUGACGUAGAAGCAAGAAAACAAGCAGUUUCUACUUGCAUCGGUCCCAGUUGUUAUAGGCUUACAUUCCUAGUUUUAGCUGGAGUUUGUGGUCUUGGUGCUUUCCUGAGCCUAAUUUUGACAGUCAGGAUUAAACCAGUCUACCAUAUGCUCUAUGCUGGAGGUUCUUUCCGUCUGCCACAAAGUUCAGGUCAUUAAUAGCUUGAUGUAUCUCUGAAAUCAAACCACAAGGAUAAUCGGGCAUCUUUUGCUGCCCUAGAAAGGCAUCACAGUUUUCUAUUAGCUGGAGGCAUUCAGCCAUUCACAUUAUGCAUCAAACCAUGCUGAUUUGCUCAGAAAUACAUCUGAAAGAGGUAUUCCUUCUGUCAUUGUAGCUCGAGGGGCAUUACCAAUGUUCAAUGCUCCAUGUUAUGCUGAAUACACAGCUUCUUAGAAAAGCAAAAUUUUGACUCUGCCUCAGGAGAGUUUGAAUUAACCUCUUGCCGCCUGAACUUGUGUCAACUUUAAAGAGAUAAUGUGUAUCACAUCUUUGCGGACUUUUUACUUAUUUUUCCUAUCUCUUAACAUCUAUGAAUGAGGAACACAAACUUCAAUCUCUUGUUGAGUUUGUGAAAUGAUGCGAUCUGUUUUUUGUUAGUGGUUUUGAGCUUGCAUUUGUCAUGGAGAAGUCCUCUUUCUCCGGUUGACCUUAAUAAUGAUAAUGUUUUAGUUGUUGACAAGGGUUUAAAUAGCAAAUAAAAGAAGGGACCAAGUCAGCUCACCCAUGUAAGCUUGCUCAAAGACUAAUCAGGUCAACUAUGCAUUGUAGUUUUUAUUUGGUACCAUGAACUAUACUCUUUCCGUCC